AUGUUCAAGUACGUUAAACACUUGGUGAACCUUGACUCCGAUCCGAAAAUCAAACCGACUUCAUCUUUUCUGCCGGCGCUGACUUGCCCCCCCUCCAGGGCGUACAAGAACCUCUCACCCAACGCCAAGCUCGGCGUCGGCGUGGCCAUCCUCGCCUGGGGCACGGCCGGCCUCUACCUCUCGGACCGCGCCGAGGAAAAGUUUGGCUUCAAGCCGACGGAAAAGGACAAGGAGGAACUGCAACAGAUGACGCCGCACAUUGUCGUCGUGGACAGGGAGGACAAGUGA